GCUCCUCACUGCGCUCUCCUAUCAUCUCUCACGAUUUCACGGUUUAUUAAAGGCGAGGAUCAAACAUUAAGAUAGAACAUUGCUUACAUUUCGUUGGUUCUUCAGCAUUUUAACCCACGUGCUCUUGGGAAACUGUGCCUCUGCUUAAGAUUCGAAACGAACCGCGAUUCAUCGGAAAAUAAGUUUGCCGGAUACAGGUGCUACAACUCCAGCUGAUGAUCACAGACACAUAUUUAGACUGUCAGAUUCCAAGAGAUCAUUUCAGUUCCAGCGCAAGAUGAAGUCUGCUGGAGCUGUUGAUGUAGGACUCUUUACAGAGAGCUACUGUAACAUCUGCAAUGCUCAGUUGAUCUCUGAGUCCCAGCGUGUGGCACACUACGAGAGCAAGAAACAUGCCAACAAAGUGCGGCUGUUCUACAUGCUCCACCCUGAAGAUGGAGGUCCACCAUCUAAAAGACUGAGACCAGACAAUCCGGAGAGUGCGGAGAACGAGGUGGACAGAAACAAAUGCUGUACGCUCUGUAACAUGUUCUUUACGUCUGCGAUCGUUGCUCAGUCGCACUACCAGGGCAAAACGCAUGCUAAGAGAGUUCGCUUGGUGUUGGGAGAGUCACCAAGUUUACCAACACCCACAGAUUCAGCUCCGCCCACCCCUCAGAGCACAGACCCGCCCCUUCCUUCGUGGACUUCGCUGGCCAAUCACGGAGAGGCGGGCAAGUACUGCUGCUUGUGUGGCGCCUGGUUCAACAACCCGUUGAUGGCACAGCAACACUACGAAGGCAAGAAGCACAAGAGAAAUGCGGCACGGGCACGACUGCUGGAGCAGCUGGCAGGCAGUCUUGAUGCCAAUGAAAGCACAGGUCUGCGUCGGAGUUACUCAUGCAGUGUUUGUAAAGUGGUCCUGAACUCCAUAGAGCAGUAUCAUGCACAUCUGCAGGGCUCCAAACACCAAAACAAUUUGAAACAACAUCAGUAAUGAAGAACUGGAAAUACUGAGGCUGAAACAGAAAAAGAGACCAUUUCAAGAACUUAAGGAGCUACACAUACUACACAUGAUCUCUUGUUGUUUGGCCACGGGAAUUGUUGUUCUACAAUUUUUGAGGUUCCUCAACUGACAACAAUUUUAUAUUUGUAUUCACAAACGCAAAAAACAUUGAUCUACUUUGGGAAUAUCUCAUCUGUCUUUACUUGAGCAAAAGGAUGCCUAUGAUGUUCAUCUAUGAAGUUAACUAAACAAUUUCUGAGAUAUUCACCUGGUUACAUAAGCGCACCAGCCUGAAUGGACAAAGAAUGGUCCUGCUAGUUAACUUUUUGCCUUUCAAACUCUUGUAUGCAGUAGCCGGUCACUCUUCUCUACUCUUCAAACUGCCCAUCGCUGCUUUGGUUUUUCACUUUGGCAUGCUGAUGACAGAAAGAGAUCAAACUUUUAGAGUAACUGUGUUGUUUAAAGUCUCACUUGUGUGUGAAUGCUCCCAGCGAGGAGCCAAUUCAACUGCCUUUGUGUGAGUUCUGUUACGGCUGUGGUUGAAAAUCCACAUUUCAGCACUAAUUUCAGCACUGUUUUCACAGUCUUACUACCACAGUCAGUGUUGUACAGGGCAGAACAUUCCAACAGAGCUCUGACGCUGCUUAAACAUUGAUGUCAAAUGGAAUAUAAUCAAUAUACAGGAGUCGAGAUGCAGUGUGUUGGGAAUUUUCAUCAUGUCUCAGUCACUAAUAUUUCACAAGGAAGGACAUAAAUGUGUAAACCAGGUGGCACUGAGCUUGAUCUAAAUCUAUGCCAACAUGACUGCCUGUAAAACUAGAGCUCAGUGCCUGCAGUUUGAAGUAUGAAUGAUGUUUUUGUUUGCUUUCUUACAAUGUUGCAUAGAAUACAAAAUGCUGAUUUGUUAGUGUAUUUCUUGUUACCGCAGAUUAUAGCAUCUAAACUAAGACCUGGGGCCUCAUUUGUAAAGACAUGUGUAUCUUCCUAAAUGUGAAUGUACUGUAUGAUAAUUUCAUAAUUGUUCCUACAAAUUACAGUGGAAAAAGUAUGUGAACCCUUUGGAAUUACCUGCAUUUAUGUAUAAAUUUGUCUCAAAAUCUGGUUUGAUUUCAUUUAAGUUACUAUAAUGAACAAACACAAUCUGUUUAACUAAUAACACACAAAUAAUUGUAUUGUUCUUGUACAUAUUGAAUUCAUCUUUCAAACAUUCAGUUUAGUGUAGGUUGGAAAAGGCAUGUGAACCCCUAGGAGUUGGCAAACCUGUUAUCCAAUGAAAUCUAAUCCAAUCUAAUGAAACAAGAUUGAAUGUGUGGGUUAGAGCUACUUUGACUUAUAAAAAGUACUCACACAUUUUAAGUUUUCUAUUCACAAGAAGCAUCUGAUGAUGUGGACCAUAACUUGCAAAAAAGAGAUCUCAGAAGACCUAAAAUUAAGAAUUGUUGCUUUGCAUAAAGCUAGAAAGGGUUAGUACUGUGGAUACUCUCCCUAGAAGUGGCCUCCCAGCCAAGAUGACUCACUGGGCAAACUUCAGAAUGCUCAACGAGGUAAAAAAAGAACCCAAAAGUGACAGCUAAAGACUCAAAGGAAUCAUUGGAACUGGUUAUCAUAUCUGUUUAUGAGUCUACUAUACGGAAAACAUUAAAUGGUAAUAGUGUACAUGGCAAGACACCCCGAAGGAAGUCGCUGCUUUCCAAAAAAAAAACAUUGAUGCGUGCCUGAAGUUUGCCAAAAGACCACCUUGACACUCCACAAUGCUACAGGCCAAAUGUUUUGGGGACUGAUGAAACUAAGGAUGAAUUGUUUGGGAAGAACAUGCAGCACUACGUAUGGCUUAAAAAGGGCACCACAUAACAACAUGAAAACAUCAUCCCAACAGUGAAGUACGGUGGAGGGAGAAUCAUUAGUUGGGGCUGCUUGCUGCUUCGGGGCCAGGACCACUUGCCAUCAUCAAGAGAAAUCUAAAUUACCAAGUUUAUCACAAUAUCCUACAGGAUAAUGUCAGGGUAGCUGUGCUCCAGCUGAAACUCAGUAGAAAUUGGGGGAUUCAGUAGGACAAUUGUCGUAAACAUCUAAAUAAAUCCACUACAGAAUUCUGUAGAUUUUUGCAAAAAAAAAGAAAAUCCAACUUUUGGAGUCACCUAGUCAGAGUCCAGACAAUAACCCAAUAGAGAUGCUGUGGAAUGAUCUCAAGAGAGCCUGUCACACCAGAUUAACUAUGAAUAUAGCUGAGCUGAAGCAGCUCUGUUAUAGAAUGGUCCAGAAUUCCUUCUGAACGUUGUGCAGGUCUAAUCCGCAUGGUUGAGGUUAUUGCUGGCAACGAGGAUCGAACAGUUAUUAAAUCCAAGGGUUCACAUAUUUUUUCCACAGCUUUGUGAAUGUUUAAUGGGAUGUGUUCAAUAAUGACAUGGACGAUUAUAAUUGUUUGUGUGUUGUUAGCUUAAGCACAUUGUGUUUGUCUAUACUUGUGACUGAGGUCACAUUUCAUGACCAAUUAAUGCAGAAAAGCAGCUAAUUCCAAAGGGUUCACAUACUUUUUCUUGCCACUGAAUAUAUUAAAUGUCUGUAUGCACGCAAUAUAUUCAGUUAUUUACUUAUAGAUCCCGAUUUUAUAGAUCACCUCUACCAUUGAAUCAAAUCCAUGUACAGUAUGUGCAUUUUAUAAAUGAGGUCCCAGUUCUGAAAUUGUGUCAAAAUAGAGUGACAUUUAUGCAAUUCAGAGUAUUAUGGUAGCAACCAAGCCAGAUGUUUUAAAAUUGUAUGGUUGAAUAAUUCAGAUAAUGGAAAUUAUCUACGGUAUACAAAAUAUAUUGUUAGUUAAACACUUGACCAGCUCAACCAGAAUGAUUAUUGUGGAGUAUUUACUUGAAACGAUUUCUGUGUCUUGCCUUUUGGACAAUAAGUUAUUGAGUGAAAUUCUUAGGCUUUUACAAAAUGUGUUGACACAGCCAUCGAAGACCCCAAUGAUGUCUUUGUUGAAGGUGUUUAGUGGAAUAACACACAUGAUUUUAAUGUAAUUGAGACUACUGGAUGGCUGUUAGUUAUAUAGGAUGCUUGGAUGGGAAUAAACUGAGCCUAGACUCCUGUUGGAUUGCAGGACUCCAAAUUAAAUGAAAUGGCUUAGUCAUUCUGUAUUGCAAGAAAUGUCAGAAAACUACUGUACUCUUCAGAAACACAAAGCAUUGGGACAAAGGACAGUACAUGUUUCCUACAAAGACACAAAAAUGUGAUUUAUUUGAUGUGUGAUUCAUUUGAUGUGCAGUAUGAAGUGACAGAUAUUUAAGAACAAACUCAGGCUGUUAAGAUGUAUCAGUUUAUAUCAGUUCUUGUUUAAAUGCAUCUCAGUCUUUAGCCUUUUGCUGACCAUGUAAACUCAAAUAGCAGUCUUGCUGUCCCAUGAAUGGAAAUGCAAUUUCAACUACAUAUUAAUUAAAAAUAUUUUAUGGUUAAUAUUCGCUGUAGGCUAAAAAUGAUAUAUUUAUUAUAAAAAUAUUUAUUAAAUACAAUGUAGGAAAGGAUAUAUGUGUUACUUGAAAGACUUUUGUGAAUUUCUUGUGAACAUUUUUGUUUGUUUUUUGACAGUGGAAAUGGUGAUAAAUCUGUAAGUCUGUACUGUGCACAUUUGUAAAUACACUUGAUAAUGACUAUUUUCACUUUCAAACUAUAAAUGAGUCUCUGGGUAGUGUGUUUCCUGUGACAAUAUCAUCAACAUAAUAGUAUGCAUCUUAAAGAUUAAUA